AUGAUAGUUGGUGAUUUUAAUAUGAGUGGAAUAUCAUGGGUAAUGAACAAUACAGAUACACACAGUGUUCCUAAUAAUUAUAAUAAUCAACUUGGCUAUGCAUUGAUAGACUUUAUGUCUUCAAAUAACUUAUUGCAAUAUAAUACAGUUUAUAAUGAUCACAAUAAAAUCCUUGAUUUAGUAUUAGCAAAUUUCUCUGAUCCAAUUUCAGUAAUUAGGUCGGAAGAGAUAUUAUCUAAGGUAGAUAAGUAUCAUCCUCAACUACUUAUACAAAUUAGAAUUAGCUCUCUUAAGUUGUUAUCAUCAACAGUGAGUUCAAGAUAUAAAUAUUUUAAGGCUGAUUAUCAAAAAAUUGAAGCAUAUCUGGUCAAUGUAGAUUGGGAGAUUGAAUUUACAAAAUGUGAGACAGUGGACCAACAACUUCAUAAAUUCUAUGAAAUUAUGUUUAAAGUUAUAAAAGAAUUUGUCCCAAUUCAACAAAAUUUUAAAAGAAAAUAUCCUAUCUGGUUCAGUUUUUCUUUGAUUAAAAUUCUAAAGGAAAAAGAGAAACUUAGAAUAAAAGCCAAAGUAUUUAAUAAUGAUCUUGAUAGAUAUGAAUACGAACUAUUAAAAGAAAGAACCAAGAAAAAGAUGAAUACAGAUUAUUCUGCUUAUAUUGAGAAUGUGCAAUUUAAUAUAUGUAAAAAUUUUAAAAAUUUCUGGUUUUAUGUUAAAAAUAAAUAUCGAAAUAAUGGCAGUAUACCACAAAAAAUGAAAUUAGAAAGUCAAACUGCUGAGGAUGGGGUGUCUAUAGCGAAUUUAUUUGCAGACGACUUUGCUGCUAUAAUACUUCAUCUUUUAAAAACU